AUGUUCGAAUGGCAAGCAGAGUGUCUAAUGCUUGGACAAGUUCUGGAAGGGAAGAACCUAGUUUACUCAGCUCCUACCAGUGCUGGGAAGACACUUGUUGCAGAAUUGCUUAUUCUGAAGCGAGUGCUGGAGACUCGCAAGAAAGCUCUUCUAAUCCUCCCCUUUGUCUCUGUGGCUAAAGAGAAGAAACGUUAUCUGCAGGCCCUGUUUCAAGAGGUGGGGCUGCAGGUGGAAGGCUACAUGGGAAGCAUCUCUCCUGCUGGACGUUUCUCUGCCCUGGAUGUUGCCGUCUGCACCAUUGAGAAAGCCAAUGGUCUCAUCAAUAGACUCAUAGAAGAAAAGCAAAUGGAUUCACUGGGAAUGGUGGUUGUGGAUGAGUUGCAUAUGCUGGGAGACUCUCACCGAGGAUAUCUGCUGGAACUCCUCCUGACCAAAGUUCGGUAUCUUACGGAGAAGGUUGCAAAGAGAAAGCCAAAGACGACCAGUCCUCGUUUUAGUGGGAUACAAAUAGUAGGCAUGAGCGCUACCCUCCCUAACCUGGGACUCCUAGCCUCGUGGCUGGAUGCAGAGCUGUACUCCACAGACUUUCGGCCUGUGCCCCUCAUGGAGUGGGUGAAAAUUGGCAGCAACAUUUAUGACUCUUCCAUGAAUCUAGUGCGAGAAUUCCAGCCCAAGCUUCAACUGAAGGGAGAUGAAGACCAUGUUGUAAGCCUGUGUUACGAGACUGUUUGUGAUGGUCAUUCAGUCCUGCUCUUCUGCCCAUCCAAGAACUGGUGUGAGAAGCUGGCAGAUGUCAUUGCCAGGGAAUUCUACAAUUUGCAGCAAGCUGAGAGUUCUGCACAAAAAUCAGCCCUUUCCCCAGUUGUUGUGGACAGAGAAGGGAUAAAUGACCUUCUGGAUCAGUUAAAACAUUCUCCCUCGGGCCUGGACUCGGUGCUCCAACGUACUUUACCAUGGGGAGUAGCGUUUCAUCAUGCAGGUCUUACAUUUGAUGAACGGGACAUCAUAGAAGGAGCCUUUCGCCAGGGCUUGAUUCGAGUCCUAGCAGCAACCUCCACGCUCUCGUCUGGGGUGAACUUGCCUGCGCGCCGAGUAAUCGUACGGACCCCCUUGUUUGGUGGCCAGCUGCUGGACAUCCUCACUUACAAGCAGAUGGCUGGAAGGGCUGGCAGGAAAGGAGUGGACACAGUGGGUGAGAGCAUUUUAGUUUGCAAGCCCUCAGAAAGAUCGAAAGGGACUGCUCUGCUACAGGGAUCUCUCAAGCCUGUUCGCAGUUGCUUGCUUAGAAGGGAAGGGGAAGGUGUUGCUGCUAGCAUGAAACGAGCAAUACUUGAGAUCAUAGUGGGGGGAGUAGCCAGCACGCCGCAGGACGUGCAGACCUACGCUGCGUGCACUCUUCUUGCGUGCAGCUUGAACGAUAGCCCGGCGGGAAACGAGAAAGACCGAGACCGAGUGCGGACUGGAGCUAUUGAGGCUUGUGUGGCCUGGCUGCUGGAGAAUGAAUUCAUCCAGGUGCUGGACUCGGGCAGCGAAGGGAAAGCAAAAGUUUAUCAUCCCACACAUCUUGGGUCAGCUACUCUUUCCUCUUCUCUUUCACCAACUGAAGCCAUGGGAAUCUUUGCUGAUCUGCAGCGAGCUAUGAAAAGCUUCGUUCUGGAGAAUGAUCUGCAUAUUGUCUAUUUGGUUACUCCUGUGUAUGAGGAGUGGACCACAAUUGAUUGGUACCAGUUUUUCUGCCUGUGGGAGAAGCUGCCUGCCUCAAUGAAGCGUGUAGCUGAGCUUGUGGGGAUUGAAGAAGGCUUUCUGGCUCGCUCUGUAAAGGGCAAAAUCAUAGCUAAAACAGAGAAACAGCACAGACAAAUGGCCAUUCACAAAAGGUUUUUCACCAGUCUUGCCCUCCUGGAUUUAAUCAGUGAGGUUCCCUUAAAAGAUAUGACCAAGAAAUACGGUUGUAGUCGUGGCCAGCUUCAAUCCUUGCAGCAGUCUGCUGCCACCUAUGCAGGGAUGGUAACAGUUUUCGCUAAUCGCCUGGGCUGGCACAACAUGGAGCAGUUGCUUUCUCAGUUCCAGAGCCGACUCACUUUUGGUGUUCACAGGGAGCUGUGCGACUUGGUGCGCAUCUCCGCGCUGAACGCGCAGGGCGCUCGGACGCUCUACAGCGCCGGCUUCCUCACCGUGGCUGACCUCGCCAAAGCCAGUGCUGGUGACGUGGCAGCUGCGCUCACCUCCUCGGUGCCAUUUAAAAGUGUCCGGAGGGCUGUGGAUGAAGAUGAGGAAUCAGCAGAGGAGCGUCGCAGCAAACGCAGCGUCUGGAUCGCCGGAAUGAAGGGCUUGAGUGAAAGUGAGGCAGCUUCCCGCAUUGUGGAGGAAGCCCGGGGACUUCUUCAGCAGGACCUGGCGCUGCUGGGAGUGCAGUGGAACCCAGAGUCUUUUCUUGAGUCUGAUACAUCCUCUGUGACCAGCAAUGAGUCCGAGCUGGAAGACAGACUAUGUAGAUCGAAUGGAGAAUGGUCUGCUCCACCUUGUAGGGCAUUAAACAAGCAGUGGCACAGAGUUCAGCAGUGUGAUGGCUCUGGCUUCGAGGCUGGAAACUUAUCCUGCCUUAAAAAGGGAUGUAAAAGGCGACUGAGCGGGAGUACAGCAACCUCCAGUUUUCAGAGCGAAGCCCAAGGCAGGGCACAGGUUCAGGCAGAGGAAGGAAACAGUGAUGUUGUGCAGAGUGCUCGGAAAAGGCCAAAUAUGAGCCGAGACCAGGCAAACACAAAAGGUGCUUCUCAGGUCGAAACCAAGACAGAGUCCAGGAGGGUGAUUCUGCCACUCUCUGCUGAGCAGGGAGACACACCAGCACUGAGAAAAAUGUCUUCAGCUUCUCGACUGGUAAGAAGUACGGACACACAUUUGAACCGAAGUAAGAACAGAACUGCUCCAAAACCUGCUUCCAAACUGCGGAGGUCACUGCUUGAGGUUUCAGAUAUGCCUAGCACAGACCUACAGGAGCCGCCCAUUUUUCACCACCACAUUGCUAAAGAUGUUUUAUUUCCUCACCAAAAUAAGCAGGAAUUUAUAGGAAAAGCAUCUGUGACUCACAAGGUCUCAAAUUCCAUACCUAAAGGGGAAGUUAACGUUGGGAGCAAAGAUAAAAUGGUAGGAUUAUUUACAGAGCCUUCCACCAGCAGUGAUGGCCUGCCACAGGGGAGAGUAUGUUUUCAGGCUGCUACUAUAAUGCAGGGUACUCCACAAGUCAAUAUGGAGACAAAAGAUGGUGUAGAAAGUGCAGUAAUAUCUACUAGUGCUAGGAUGCUGAAAAAUGAAAAUAUUCAUGAUAAGCAGAAUAAAAUAAAUAAAAUGCAAGCAGGCAAUGGCUCUACUAGCAAGACAGUUGGUAAACAGCAGACUUCUCUCGACACAGAUCAUUGUAAUGUAACUGCCAGUUGUUGUGGCGAUGGACAUAUCCAUAAUGGCAGCAGAAAACAGAAGUCUGUGCAUUUUUGUCCUGUUGAAGAUAAAUCCUGCCUCUUCGAGAUUCAGAAUAGUGGCAAAAAUAGGAGCAAAAUGCCCAGUGGAACAUUGUUACAAGCUGGAGGAGUGCAGAAAGGUGACAGUUGUCCUGGGGAUAUUCUGAAAGACUCUCUGUUAAAAUCCAGAGCUGCUUCUGCUGUAGAUGGUAUUCAGAAUGGGGCAUUCUCUGAUCCCUUCUCCGAAUCUAAAGACUUUGAAGACAGCUUCAAGCUGGAUACUCAGACUGAGAGGAUCUUAAAACAGGAGGUAGCAGUUGGAACUGCAGGAGAUCAGGGAAAACGAGGUACAGAGCUGGCAGCAUCACCACAGCAAGAAAUCUCCAACUUACUGAGCUGUGCUAGUACUUCACGGGCUGAAAAGGCUCCUGAUGAAAAACUGGCUGCAACAGUUAGGGGGCUGGGCUUAUCGAGUUUUGGCACAACAAACAACAUCACAAAAGCCGUCGAUCACCCCUGCAGUCAUAAAGUUAGGGAGUCUGGAAGCCUUAAUUUGCAGCCUCUAGGGAAAGAAACAGAAUCUGCCCCUUGCCUUAAAGGAUGCAAUUUCUCAGUGACUGACUCCCAGCUGCACAGUUUUCUACAGGAUUACCAGACCCAGCAUUCGGUGAAAGGGGAAUGUGCCUCCAAAGGCCCUACUGAAAGGGCCUCUCCUGAUGGCAGGCAGCACCUUGUGCAGCUAGAAAGCCCAAAUCCUGUCCCCGAAACCAGCCUCAACAUGAGUGAUAGCUUGCUGUUUGAUGACAGCUUCAGCAAUGUCAGUGACCUUUCAGCUCCUCACGUCAUGGAGGCUGACAGAGAAGAACCUGGGGGAGAGCAGGAGGUUUUGCCCGCCUCAGAUGUUUUUUUGCAGAACCUAAGGCCUGUGCAGAAUAAAUCUGAGGUCAGUGGCAAUCAGAAAGAGCCUGAGGAGCCUGCACAGUGUAACAAUGUGUCUCUAGCAUUCUCUGAUGUGAUAGCUGAAGUUUUAGAUCAUGCAAAUUCCCCAUCAUUUCUGGGAGAUCUUCCUUCCACAAUUCAUGCUCAGUCAGUGAUUCAUAGCAGUGAACCCAGACCAAUGGAUUUAGUGGAAGAACUACCUGAGAAGCUUCAAAAAAGCCAACGAGCUUUAGACAAGAAAAUCCAUCCAGUGGCAUGGACUGACUGCACGUUUGAACUAAGCCCAGGAUUGCAGGAUGUCUUAGACAAAUGGCCCAGUCCUUCAGGCAUUGAGCCUGUUUCAGGAAGUCCAAGAAGCUCCUGUUUGAAAGGAAAGUUAGUUGCUUUGGAUGCUAAACAGGAGCCAGCUCCAGUUUUUGAAUUGGACCCUUGUCAGCCAGAGUCUUUGCCCACGUGCCAGGAUUUAAAAAACUCUUGCAAAGAUCCGCCACCAGACAGUGCUAAUGGGUUUAUUCCUCCAACACCGCCGACAGAGCCUUUUUCAAAGAGUUUGGUAACAUCUGGGAAGAAGAGACGUGUUACCUACACAAAUGAAGGGCAGCAGUUCCAAUCGAAGCAGAAUAGGAGGGAUGAUGCAGAGCAGCAGGAAAACCCACUGCAGUUGAAUGCCGGGAGGGGAGACCCAGCCGAGGCUGACGGGAAGGAUGAUUCCAUUAUAGACCAAGGCUUUUCACUGCAGCUGUCUCAGGAUGUUUCACCACUCGUUCCGUCAAGUGCCGAAAGCUUCACUAUUAUUGAUGUAGCAAGCGACAAGGCGCUUUUCCAGACUUUCCUUGCAGAAUGGAGAGAGAAAAGCAGAUUCUCCGUCUCGGUAGCAUGCGAGAGAGCCAAGUGUCUCUUGUCUCCCAGAUCCACAAUUGGUGGCAGAUUCAAACAAGGUCAGUUCCUAAAAUCUCCUCAGAGAACACGAGUUCAAGGUGAUGGAUUUCCUGUCCAAGGCUGCGAAGACGUCUUGGUAGUGGGACUGGCCGUGUGUUGGGGUGGAAAAGAUGCCUACUACAUCUCUUUGCAGCAGAGCCAAGCUGAGACAGAAAUAAGUAUGAGUUUGGCACCGCCACCUUUGGAUGAAAACCUGUCAGUAACAGAGAGACUGUAUCACUUGCAGCAGUACCUGCAGAAGACAACCAAGCAAGAGCGUUCAAUGGUCAUGUACAACUUCAUUCAGCACUACAAGACCCUGGUGAUGGCUUGUGGCAUCUCCUUGGAAGGAAGCUUUGAGGACCCAAAGGUUGCCUGUUGGCUGCUUGACUGUGGCUCCAAGGAGCGUACCCUGCACAGCAUGGUGACGAGCUUCCUCCCCCAUGAGCUACCUCUGCUGGAGGGCGUAGGCACUGGCCAAGGGGUGCAGAGCUUGGGCCUUAGUGCCUCUACAGAGCACUCUGGGCGGUACCGAGCAGCUGUAGAGUCUGUGCUUGCCUUCAACGUCAUGAACCAGCUCCACGCUGAACUGCAGAAGGAGAAUCUGGCAGAUGCAUUUUCCAAAGUGGAGAUGCCUACCCAGUACUGCUUGGCUCUGCUGGAGCUGAAUGGCAUUGGUUUCAGCACGGCAGCCUACGAGGCCCAGAAGCAAGUGAUGCAGGCGAAACUGAGGGAGCUUGAGACCAAGGCUUACCAGCUCGCUGGCCACAGCUUCUCCUUGACCAGCCCCGAUGAUGUUGCAGAGGUUCUCUUCCUGGAGCUGAAGUUGCCACGAAAUGGAGACGUGAAAGUUAAAGGGAACAAGAAAACACUGGGUUGUGCAAGAAGAGCAAGUGCCAGUGGGAACAGGGUUAGGCUGAGCAAGCAGUUUAGUACAACCAAGGAUGUUUUGGAGAAAUUAAAGACACUUCACCCAUUGCCAGGGCUGAUACUGGAGUGGAGAAGGAUCAACAAUGCUAUUACUAAAGUCGUGUUUCCACUACAGAGGGAAAAGCGUUUCAGUUCCUCCCUGGGAAUGGAGAGGAUAUAUCCAGUGUCACAGACUCACACAGCAACAGGUCGAAUAACCUUCACAGAGCCAAAUAUCCAGAAUGUGCCAAGAGAUUUUGAGAUUGAAAUGCCAACUGUGGUUGAAGAGAGCCCACCCUCCCGAGCCCGGGGAAAUGGUUAUUCUCGUGCUGUUUCUGGGGACAGAGGUCGAAUGCGCUCCAGUAUUUUGCCUAAUGGGGCCAAGAUUCAGGCUGAAGACCAAGCUGAAGAAAGAGGAAUCCCAUUUUCUGUUAGCAUGAGGCAUGCUUUUGUUCCCUUCCCAGGUGGCUUAAUGUUGGCUGCUGAUUACUCUCAGCUUGAGCUGAGGAUCCUUGCUCACUUCUCUGGCGACCACAGGCUCAUCCAAGCCUUAAAUGGAGGUAUUGAUGUCUUCAGGAGAAUCGCAGCGGAAUGGAAAAUGCUUGAUCCUGCAGCUGUUGGGGAUGACAUCAGGCAACAAGCUAAGCAGAUUUGCUAUGGAAUCAUCUAUGGAAUAGGAGCAAAAUCUUUAGGGGAGCAGAUGGGGAUUGAUGAAAAUGAAGCUGCCGACUACAUUGAAUCCUUCAAAUCCAGAUACACAGGGAUUCAGAAAUUCUUGAGGGAGACAGUGAAGAACUGCAAAAGGGAUGGCUUUGUGCAGACCAUUCUUGGUAGACGGCGAUACCUGCCUGCCAUCAGAGACCCCAACCCGUACAGUAAAGCUCACGCAGAGCGACAGGCUGUGAAUACAACUGUGCAGGGAUCUGCUGCUGACAUUGUCAAAACAGCCACCGUGAACAUUCAGAGGCGCCUGGAAGCUCUCUCCUCUGAGAUCAAGUCUCAUGGACACCUGGAGAGCUCCCUCCAGAGAGCUAAGGCUGGAAGGCUGGAGGGCAAGCGGAGCAGAUGCAUGUUGCCUCCCAUCAAUGGCGGGUUCUUUGUUCUCCAGCUCCAUGAUGAGCUCCUCUAUGAGGUCGCGGAAGACGAUGUCAUCCAGGUGGCCCAGAUCGUGAAGCACGAGAUGGAAAAUGCCCUCAAGCUCGCAGUCAGGUUGGACGUGAAAGUGAAAAUCGGGCCCAGCUGGGGGGACCUGCAGGACCUGGAGCUUUAG